AUGGCUUCAGUAAUUCAUGUCGCGGAUGAAAUUAGCAAUACUGAAUCCUUGCAAUUCUAUUUUCCAACAAUUAGAGUCGCUACAGAUAACUUUGCUGAUGCAAAUAAGGUUGGGAUAGGAGGAUUUGGUGCUGUCUACAAGGUUAGGCUCUCUGAUGGACAAAAGAUAGCUGUCAAAAGACUAUCCAUGGGUUCUGGACAAGGUGAUUUAGAAUUUAAGAAUGAGAUCUUGUUAAUGGCUAAGCUUCACCACCAGAAUUUAGUUAAGCUUCGAGGUUUCUGCUUGGAAGGAAAUGAAAGGCUUGUCAUUUAUGAGUUUGUGUCAAAUGGAAGUCUCGACCAAGUUAUAUAUGAUCCAACCAAGCGUGCAAAUUUGGAUUGGCGAAUGCGUUACAAAAUUAUUAUAGGCAUUGCUCGAGGUCUUCUUUACCUUCAUGAAGAUUCACAACUUCGCAUUGUUCAUCGUGAUCUCAAAGCAAAUAACAUUUUACUAGAUGAUAAGAUAAAUCCCAAAAUUGCUGAUUUCGGCCUAGCAAGUUUGGUUCUACUAGAUCAAACCCAUAGCAAUACAAAUAGAAUUGUUAAGACAUAUGGAUAUAUGGCUCCAGAGUAUGCAUAUUAUGGACAUUUCUUAGUAAAAUCCGAUGUGUUUAGUUUUGGUGUGCUAGUUCUUGAAAUGAUAUGCGGGCAAAAAAAUGGUCACUUCCGUAAUAACAAAAAAGAGGACGAUCUUCUUAGUUAUGCAUGGAAAAAUUGGAAGAACAUGACAACUUCAAAUAUUAUCGACCCCACAUUAGGAGUUGGUUCAAAAACCGAAAUAAUUCGGUGCAUUCACAUUGGAUUAUUAUGUGUUCAAGAAAAUGUAGCUGAUAGGCCAACCAUGGCUUCAUUCAUUCUAAUGCUUAAUAGCAACUCUAUCACCUUAUUAGUACCCUCACAACCUGCACAACAAAAGUGA